AAUGCUACCAAAGAGACCCGACCAAGAUGUUGUUUUGCUGUUGUAUUUUGAGGAAAAACCCUUUUUUAUCUUUUACUCGAACUCGAACUCGAAAAAAAACAUCAAGAAAAAGGUCAAAAAAAAAAUCUGGUUACCAGCAGAACAGCUGUUUAUCGUCACCCUGUGAAAGAGGUCCGGGGUGUCUGUUGAUAUUUUGCCUCACCAAAAUUCAGUUUGCAACGAUUCGUGAAAGUUUCUGCAACGCAUCCGUGAUCAUGAGUGCCUAUCAGUUCGAUGUGGAUAAGUAUUACAGUCCUCAUGAGCCCGAGCACCAUUGGGCCUUGAGGCGCAAGUUCAUGGAACAGAACAUGGGUCGGUUCCCCGAGGAACGCAUGGUUUGUUUGGCACAAACCUUUGCUAACAUCGAAUUUAUGGGAUGUCGGUAUCCCCAGGAGACCAUGGAUUUGGUGGAAGAAUUGGCCUUUGGAGUGGUCCAAGAGUAUCGAGAAAGCCAGAAAGGCCGACUCAAACGCACCUUUGUGUCCGGAUCGGACGCCGCAGGAGCCAAAGUGAACCGAGGUCGGAGGAAAAACGAUCCGGGGGAUCCCAGUCCAAGCAAGAUAUAUCGUCCCGAUCCUGAACUAGCGGCCGAGCAUCAGGGACCCGCUUGGGAUCGCAUGAUCUUGGUACGUUUAGAUUGGGACGACAAUGAGAAUCCUUGUGAUCUCCUCAAUCGAUCGGCAAGCUUCUGUCAAACCCAAUCGCAAUGGGAGUAUCAAAACCAAAGUCCCUCGACCACGGUUUGUGUUGUCAAAUUCGGUGGAAUAGAAAUCGUGCGGACCACGGGUUCCACUAAGGCCGAGGCUCGAGAUGAUGCCACCCGCCAAGCCGUCGAUCUUAUGGCCCAGAAAUGUUUCACCAUUCGUAUUCGAAAUCGGUUCUGCUCAAAUGGAACGGCAGUGGAUUUGACGGACGUGGAAAGCUCAUCGAAUGAAAAGUCGGGCAUCGUGAAGGAAAACGUCGGGCAUAAGCUUCUUAAGUUGAUGGGUUGGAGCGGCGGAGGCUUGGGCAAGGAUGGGUCGGGUAUUGCUGAGCCCAUCACUGCGGCUAGUAUGAACCACGGCGAAGGCUUUGGUGCUCAAUCCGCUUCCAAACAUUUCAAGAAAAGAAUUGAAGCUAUUAUUGAAGACUUUGCCAAAAGCAAUAGCCCGUACGACUUGGUGUUCACCACCGGAUUUACCAACGACCAACGUAAAGAAAUGCAUCAGAUUGCCCGACGAAUUGGGUUGAAGAGCAAAAGUCUGGGGAAGGAUGCGGAUAGGUUCUUGACCAUCUCCAAGAAAUUUAGUUGUCAGGACAUUGUGCGGGAAUUGGUGGCCAAAGGUGGCCAAACGGACAAGUAUACCCUAAUACCUCCACCAAAUCCUUCCUAAAGAACCAUAUUGGGACUAGUUCAAUACUGGCAGGAGUAGCUAUCGAAUACUUUUAUUCAUUUUCAGUUCAUAAACGAUGGUUACGUAUGUA